UCCCGCUCUCUAUUGGUUUGUUACUUUGUCACCGACCGCAAGUCCAUUUUUCCGCAGGGAUUGCUGUACCAUACAGUUCAUAACAGGACAGUUGAUACUUUAAUUAAUAGCGGGAAUAUUUGGGGAAUUAAUGAACCACUUUUGGAGCGUAUGAAGCCCAGCAGGAUGGAUGUUGAGACUCUGAGUAAAGCAGAGCUGCUAAUGCUGCUGAGCAUACUGGAGGGAGAGCUGGAGGCUCAGGACCUUGUCAUACAUACUCUCAAGGCACAGCAACGAGACGUGUUUGUGCAGGAGCGAUACGGGCGCUAUGACCUCAGCGAUCCCUUCAUGGCUCUUCAGAGAGACAGCGAGGCAAUGCAGGAUCACGGGCAGGGUCAAACUCAGGCUCGGGGUCAUGGUGGGAGAGGCCAGGUCAACCCAAGCCCACUGGCUGUCCUUAAACUGGUGAUGAGCCACUGCAAGCACAUGCAGGAGAAGAUGAUGGCACAGCUAGCGGCGGCUGAGAGCAGACACAGACGGGUUAUUGCUGACCUGGAGGAAGAGAAACGGCGCCAUGCCCAAGACACCGCUGAGGGCGAUGAUGUCACAUACAUGCUGGAAAAGGAAAGAGAGCGACUACUGCAGCAGUUGGAGAUGGAGAGGGCACGGGCCGAGCGUCUGGAGCGCGAAUGUCACUCGCUUUCAGCCCAGGUGGAGGAGAACCAGGCACAGCAGCAGCAGCUCUCUUCUAACCUGGCUAAGGAGUGCCAGCGUGCCAGUGCGCAAGCCCAGGAAGAGAGCGAGCGUGUUGCCCAGCUGUGCAGGCAGCUGGAGCAGGAACGCAGUGCCACGCAGAGUCUGCAAGGAGAUCUGGAGCAGGAGAAGACACGUGCCCUGCAAACAGAGGCCAGAGUCGAGCGCCAGCUGGCCGAGUUCGACACGGAGCGUGAGCAGAUGAGAGCAAAGCUGCGCAAGGAGGAAAGCCACAGCAGACAGCUGCAGGAGCUGAUCGAGCACCUCAAGAAAGAGCUGGAGGAUGUGAAGGAGAAGGAGAAAGGAUGGAGGGAAAAAGUGGAGGAGGAAAAGAAAGCAGCAGAGAAGCUGCCUAAAGCGGUGUCAGCUUCUGCGGCAUGCCAGACUGAGCCAGAUGGGAAAGCGGUCAGCACUGAAAAAUCUCAACGGCUGAGACUUAACGGGCAUCAGCUGCGUAAAGAGAGCGAGUCUUCAGAAGAGAAAAGCACUGAAAAUGGAGGAGUAGAGAAUGGAGGAGCUUUGAGCUCACCUGUACAUGCACUCCAGUCUCUCUCUCCCAGUAGCACAGCCUGCUCAUCACUCUCCUCCUCGCCAUGCUCCUCGCCCGUACUGGCCAAGCGAUUGGCAUCAUUGGGCACCUGCAGCCCCACAUACCCAUCAUCCUACCAGUCGAGUGUGAACCAACGCUUCCACGCCGCCAGACACAAGUUCCAGCAGCAGGCUGAGCAAGGUGGAGCGAUGCCCCUGUCGCCUCGUGAGCUUUCACCCACUUCUACACCAGUACCCCCUCUGUCUGAGAACUCCACAGCCAAGCAGAUGGCUCGCAACACUGUUACACAGGUGCUGUCUCGCUUCACAAGCCAACAAGCAGCAAGCAAAGCACCCACUCCCAACAGCUCCCCAUUUGGCACUGAUUACCGCACACUUGCAACAGCCUCCUCACCCACCAGCAAAGGGUCGUGCCCUCUGUCGCCUGGCAUCCGCUCACCCACAAUCCCUCGGGGGGAGAGAAGCUUUGCAUCCCCUGUAGCCCAGAAGAAGCCUGGCACGAAUCCAGGCUCACCCGUAUCUGCAUCCUCGCCUCGCUCUUCUCACUUCCCCGAGCUCUCAAACACCUGCGGCAUCAGCAGUACUCAGGAGGGCGCUAAAGAGCUUGACCUGCUCAUGUCCAAAUCUAGCUAACCACUAACUGCAGACAAGGCUUCACUACUCAGUGUCCUUUUAAAUUUAGCACUAGGCAUAAUAACAAAAAACUGGUGUUCUGGAAACUGUGUGCUUCAGUGAAGUCUGAAAUGGCUUCAACAAAAAGGACAUAGUAAAAAUGACUCGCACAUACUAAACCUGCAGAUUAACUAAUGAGUCAAAUCUAACACUGAUUUUUUUUCAAUUUUAAAACAGUGGAGCUCGCCAAACUAUCCAAAUCUAGCUAACCACAGGCCAAAUCCACAAAUAGCCCAAAUUAAAGGGCCUAAUCCAUACGCAGCCUCUCCUGGCUCCACCGUAUCCCUUCUCUAACAGAUUACACAGCAUUCUAAACACUCAAAGCACUCACACUUGCACUCCUGUAUUCUUUUACUCUCCAAAUCCACACAUAAAGAUCUUUGCAACUGAGAAGCAGAGCGGUGGGCAUGGGCUCUUCCGUCUACUGUGAACACUACACAAGCAAGACAACGUUUAUUUAAAUUUCCUUUUUUUAAUGCAUUAUUAUAUUAUUAUCUUGUAUAUUGAGAUUUUAUUUAUCCCUAUCAUUCUCCUCUACCAUGCAUAUUCUAAAUGGAAAAAAGGAAGAAAUGUUAUAAAUGUUUAAAAAAAAAAAAAAAAAAAAAAAGCAAUAAUUAACAAUGCAUUCUCAGGUGACUAUUCAGUAGUUAGAAUAAACAUGAAAAGAUCACAUUAGUCGUAUGUAUCAAAAUAAAUGAGAUAUACUAUGAAAACUAUUUCAAAGUACUUCCAAGUAUAAGCACUUUGGAUAUAUUAAACCCUCCUGCUUGCACUGUAUAUAGAAAUGUCACCUAUUCUCACAGUUGGGAAGAAAUAUGCUUUUGCAAGCUACACGUGGAAAAAUAUUUCAUAACGUUAAAACGCAUUCAGAGAAUUCAUGAUAGUAAAAGACUCGAAUAGUGUGUUGGCAUACUAUUUACUACAGUAGUAUAUGGUUUGAGAUGUGGCCAAUUGUUCUAGACGCCGAGUAUGUAGUUAUCUGCUGCUGUUAUGAAAUCAGAAAGAAUUGAAUGAAAAACUUUAUUGUGCGCAGGAACAUUAUGAUCACUGUUCUGAUCCAGCAGCAGUCUGCCUGUCAAUUUGCUGCGGUGUAAUUGUGUGUCUUCUGCAACUUGAUAAACAGUACAUAAGCUACAGCAGAAUGAACUCAUAACUUAAUGUUAUCCAGUUAGAUCAAAUAGAUGUUUUACUUGAAGAGAAAAGAGUCACACAGGGGCUUUCCACAAGGCUGUAAACAUCUCCACGGAUAAGGGUAGUAAACUAGAAUAAAGUGUAAAGAGAAAAUAGCUACAACUUCUGAAUCAGUCCUGAAUCUAUUUUCCUUAUUGACUAUAUUGACUGUCUCCCCUGAUUGGCUGCUUUUUUUUUUUUAAGAUUGUUGCGUCCAAAAAUGCUUAAUUUUGCUGCGGAUGAGGUUUUUUUUUUUUGUGGAAAACUACUUGAAUUGGUGAAAUUGCAAUUGCACGAAAAUUGUUUUGCACAGUCCUUCGCAGUAAGUGAGACCUUUUAGUUGUACUCAUGUUCGACACAUGAAUUGGGUGUGGCGUUGGCUGAAUGCGUAUUGUGAUGACAUCACAUGGUGCAUCUUGGCCCAAUUCUGCAGAAAAUCUGCAGUAAUAUUGAGAAGUUGCAAGCUCCUGAGAAUAUUGCAGAGUUUCUUUGAUUUGGCGUUACUUUCUAUGACUACAAAAACGCUAAAUCCUGGAGGGCAUGUUCACUUUACUCUAUUUUAACUCUUACUUUCAUUUUUACGUGUACAUUUCCUGACACUUCAAACCAGACACAGCACUGACUAAGUUUUUCUAAAGAUUAUAAAUCCUACGCUGUUAUUCGAAACUGUCAAACGCACUGGUGCUGUGUUAUCGAUUCGUUGUCUACAUGAAAACUUACAACUUGUCUUACAUGUACCAACAAGGAUUAAAUUCAACAAAGUUUAGAUUUAGUUUUAUUUUGUGAUUCAUCACCUGACUGUCCACUUUGAUGGAUUAUUGAAAAAUAUCAAUACCUUUACUCUUAAAUUAAUUUAUAAUUUUGCUUGAAAAUGGGCAUAAAAACGUGUAAAGAUCUUAUAAAUGCUGCUAUGUUAAACCACCUCAGAUGCAAGAUUGAAAUGAACAAAAUUGUUAACAAGUUUCAGGUAAUAGAGUAACAGGAUUAAUGUUAAACUUACUGAAAAACUAGACCCAGGUUAAUUUAUGUUUUAAAGCAACUAGGUGAUUUAAUUCAGACAAAAGCUUAAUCUUUUCUUGACUCAAUUGAAUCGGUGUAAUGGAAACUAUCAUAAUGAAAACGUUUAACGGGCAUGUUCUUGUAAUCAGAAAGCAGAGAACAGUCUGCAGAGAUGGUGGAGCACAUCUGUUUCUGUCCUAAGCACAGAAAGAGACAACAAACACUGAAAUUGGUAAUUAACUAAUGAAUUGUCUCUGGCGUGCUGGAACAGAGACAUGAGCAAACAUCACCCUCUAGAGUCAAUGAUGAGAAAAGCUCUCGCUCCAUUUAGCAAUAGACUUCUUUCCAUUUGUGUCGAGCAACAUGUGAAGUGUUACUGCUUUUUUCCAAUUUCCGCUGCAAGGAGUGGUCAACAGCAGACUUCUAGAAAAAUAUUCCCUCCGAAUACGUAGCUUGAAAUAGUCAGCCAAGUGGGCAGUAAAAGCUCAGUGUAGGUAAAAAUCUCGCAUGUGAUUUCAACCAUUAUAUAAUCAUCUGUAAGACCAUUGAGACAUAAAUGACACAGGACUUUGCUUUCUUUUUCUAUCUGCUCAUGUGUACACAAUUUCAAGCACAUUAUAUGGCAUCAACUUCAUAAAGAAUUGUAUGUAACUAUGUAGAAUUUCAUCCAAGAUACUAAGAAUAGCAUACUAGGGAUGAAAGAUCACUAGGUAAAUAACUCACUAGGUAAAUAAAAGCACAAAUCGGGUAGAAAGGAUGAUUUUAAUCUAGGGCUGUGUAAUAGAUAUGAAGAGGCUUUGAAAUAAAACUUGUUGUAUAUGGAGGUUUCAUGUUUCGAGUCUUACCAUCCUUGCAAAUAUUCAGCCUGCUUAAUCCUUUCACGUUUCUUAUCAAUUAAAUGGGAUGUAAAUGAAGUUUUUAUUGUCUUAUAAAGAUUUAUGUUUAACCCUGUGUUUCUUUCUUGUCCAAUACCUCACAAAGCCUUUACUGUACUUUUUUGUCCAGCACAAAACUGGGCUAGUACUACUGUAAAACAAUUUUUUUUUUUAUCCUGUUCGUCUUGAAGAUGAUGGAUAUGCAUUUUACCUGGUGUUCUUAACAAUAAUUGCUCCACAGUGCUCUUGUUCUUUUGUUUUAAAUACAUGGGGAAAUAAAACCUUUUGGAGCUCAA